AUGGCAGAGUCCAGACUUCAUAAUCAGUUUAAACUCACCUCAGAAGACUGUUUGGAGGUUAAAGUUGGUGAAGAGGUCACCCUCCCCUGUCACCUCUCACCUGACACCAGUGCUGUUGACACAACGAUCAGGUGGUUUAAAGGGACAGAGUGUAUUUACCUGUGUAAGAAUGGCCAGGUGACAGAGAGGAGUGGCUAUGAGGGCAGAGUGAGUCUGAUCACCCAGGAGCUGGAGAGAGGCAACGUGUCUUUGAGGCUGAGAGACUUCAGGAGGUCAGAUACAGGAGUCUACGUAUGUCAGGUCAUCCAUGGAGAACAGAAGGAGGAGGCUGUAGUGGGUUUAAGGGUCAGAGAAGGAUCAGGUUCACAGUAUUUACAAGAUGAGACCCAGGAGAAGAAGCUGAAGAGGGAGGCAUCAGCUGGUGAGCUUGAGUUGAAGAUGGAAAAAGAAUUAAAAGAGAAAUUAAGACAGAAGAUGAUGAAACAACUAGAGGAGAAAGACACACAACUGGAUGAUAUGACCCAGGAAGUGAGAGAGAAAGAGAGACUCCUGGAGGAGAAGAACCAGAUAAUGGGACAGAGGGAGAAACUAUUAGACGAGAAAGAAAUCCAACUGGAAGAGAAAGACAGGCAACUAAAGGAUAGAGACAUUCAACUAGAGGCACUGAGAAAGAACCUGCAGGACAAGAACAGCCAAGUAGAGAACUUCAGAGUCCUACUGCAGGAAAAAGACCUUCAACUAGAGGACAGCAAACACAGACUGGGAGAGAAGGACAGACUACUGGAAGAGAGAGACAAACGACUGGAAGAGAGAGACAGACUACUGGAAGAGAAGGACAGACUACUGGAAGAGAGAGACAAACAACUGGAAGAGAGAGACAAACUACUGGAGGAAAAAGCAAAUGAACUAAAAGAGAGGAGGCAGGAAGUAGAAGAGAAAGAUAAGCUACUAGAGGAGAGAGAGAAGCAGUUAAAGGAAAGAGACAAACAGGUGGAGGAUGUCAACAAUGAAAAUGCUGAACUGGCUCAACAGAUAUGUGAUGUGAAGACUGAGGUAGAGAGACUGAGAAGAGAGAUCUCAGCCCAGAUGACUGAACAUGGAGAGACGUCAGAUACAGGUUCCAUACUCCCAGUCAGGAGGAGACACAGCAAGGACCAUCCUCCACUUAUGGGAGGAGAGACCUCAGAUACAGACCCCACACUUCCACUGAGGAGGACCAUCAGCAUGGAGUUAAUUCCUCCAGAGAUGGGAGGAGAGAGCAGCAGUCCAGAUUCCCCAGUGUCUCCCAGUGUGUCUGAGCUGAGACUGGUGCUGCUGGGGAGGACUGGGGCUGGGAGGAGUGCAGCAGGAAACACCAUCCUGGGCAGAGAGGAGUUUGGGGCCCAGGCCAGCCCCUCUGCAGUGACCCAGAGGAGUAAGAGGAGAGAGGGGGACGUGUGUGGGAGACGGCUGGUGAUGGUGGACACUCCAGACUGGUUCUGUCCUGGAUUCUCUCUGGAGGAGAUGAGACAGGAUGUGGGGCUCUGUGUCCGUCUGUCUGCCCCGGGACCCCACACCUUCCUCCUGGUCAUACCAGUGGAGCCCUCUAAGGGGGAGGAGAGAGGGGUGCUGGAGAGAAUAGAGGAGAUGUUUGGGGAGGGUUGUUGGGACCACACUGUGAUUCUAUUCACCCAUGAUGAUGUCCUGAAAGAGCAGAGCAUUGAGGAGUUUCUCCAAGCUGGAAGUCAGGACCUCCAGCAGCUUGUAGAGAAAAGUGGGAGCAGGUACCACGUCCUCAACAUUAAGGACAGGGCCCAUGGCACUCAGGUAUCAGAGCUGCUGGAUCAGGUAGAGGAGAUGGUGGCAGGAAACAGAGAGAGAUUCUACAGCAGUCAGACCUACCAGGAGGCAGAGACCCAGGUUAGAGAGAUGGAGGGAAAGAUCCAGAGAGAGAAAGGAGAAAGGAAACAGAGGGAGGAGAGAGACUUGAGAGAGAGGCUUCAGAAGGAGUUCCAGGACUCUCUGAUAAAGAUAGAGGGAGUGAUCCAGGAACAUGAGGGAGAUAUCAGAACACUCAGUGAAAGAACCAGUGAACUGGAGAGACAGGUGAAAGAAGAGAGGGAUGAGGAGAAGAAAAUAGAACUGGAGAGGGAGCUGAAGAGGGAGUCUGAUAGGAGGGAGGAGAUGGAGAGAAAGCUGGAGAGAUUGAGAGAGAAGACAGAGAAUGAGAGGAGGGAGAUGGAGGAGAGACACAGACAGGAGAUAGAGGAGAUGAUGGAGAACUAUGAAGGAGAGGCCAGAGUUGAAGCAGAGAGAAACAUGAUGAAGAUAGUCCUACCUGAGUUACAGAGGAACAUCAUGAUCUCACAGACAAAGUUGCAGAGGGAGUUCAGCAGACAGAUGGAGGAGAAGAAUAGACAGAUGAAGGAGAAGGAUAGACAGAUGGAGGAGAAGGAUAGAGCGAUUGUGGAAAGGGAUGGAGAGAUAGAGGGACUGAUAGAUAGACUGUGGGAGAUGUGCAAGUGAGUUAUUGUAACUAGCCUGAAGAAGUGCUGGGAUACAUGGAGAGGUAGAAGAAGGGAGAAGAAGACGACAGGGAGAACUGAUGAAGAUCUGAGGAAUGUCUGGGCAGAUGUAACCUAGUUCACCAUUUCACUGAAUUCGCCUGACAACGAGGUUAGAGAUGAGAUGACUUUUUCAUGGAGGGAUUGGAGAAGUUAGAGAUAAUCACAUGAUAUUUAUCUGACAAUGUAAGAACAAC